UAUAAUGCGAUUGUGUUUGAAGUGUUACGAACAAACAGCGAUAUGUCUGCGCUAUUUGUGAUAACUUUCUGUCUAAACAUUUACCGAAUCUGUUAGAAGUAUUCUGACAGGUUCCGCACACUGCAGAAGUCAUUCUCACCUUCUUUCUACCUGAAUACCUGGUCUACCUGCAAACUCAUUAUCAGGGGCAUUCGGAUUACUUGGAAAUUACCGCUCAUAUGUUAUCUAAGUGGAAUCGUCCAUUCAGAAGCACGUGCCAAGAUCUCUAUGGGAAUGCAGACGGCAUGUUCAUUGCUUGUUGCUAUAGUUACUAUCCAGUCUAAAAUAAGAUUUGGCAGAUAGCACUACAUUUAUCAUCUUGUGGAAAGUUUGGGAGUUUACCUACAUAGAAUAUACCUUGUUUCUUUUUGGCUUUAGUCUCCGGGCCCGUUUGAAGGGUAUCAGGUCACCAUGGAGACAAUAUGGCUACAACGACCCAGUUCGGAUAUACCCUGGGGAUUUCGGUUACAAGGGGGACGGGAAUUUGCCGAACCACUAUCCGUGCAAAGGGUUACUCCUGGAAGUGUUGCAGCCAGUGGUAUAUCUCCAGGUGACGUCAUUCUAAAAAUAGGCAACGUUAAUGCCACAAAUAUUACCCAUAACGAAGCUCAAGAAGUCAUCACUGGAGCAACUAAUAUUCUACAGCUAACAAUUAAAAAAAGCGGGCUUACUAGUGCUCCACUGUCACCAACAUCUGCGGCACCACACUAUUCUAGUCAACAAGUUCAAAAUCAGUUUUCUUCUCCCCAGGAACAGUAUCCUCCAUUCCCGGAUUAUAGAGUUGGAAGUGGUUAUCAAGGAUAUAAUGUGAAUAAUUCUGACGGAUAUAAUUACGCGCAAGUAAAUAGUGCCAGGGACCCUUACGAUAUGCGUCAAUUUGAGCAAACUCCGCCAGUCAGCGGGUAUAGUACAUUACCUGCAAGGAGUGGAAGUAGACAAAAUAGUGAAAGUUUUAGACCUGUUCAACAGCAAAACCAAAACAAAUACCCAUACAAAUCAACAACAGGUAUACAGUUGCAAAUUAAUCCGCAGACACAACAUGAACCACGUGAUGAUUAUCAGAGGUCUUACAAUGACAGUGCUAAUUAUAGCCAAAGUCAACCCAUGUCACCCGCGCAAUAUAUGAAUGGGGAUUCUAACUAUCAAAGACAGACAUCGGUAGGUUCAAACAGAUCUGAUACUAACAACGGUUAUCCACAAAGUUAUUUUAAAAAACCAACCCCUUUCUCUCCAUCAUAUAGUAAUCAAAAUGGGAGUUCAACUCCACCAGCUCGACUGCAGCGCCAAACGAGCCAUGGUAGCGUGCAUGAUUCAACUAUAACACAAGGAUUCAAACCCGGCACUUACUUACCGGGUUCAGACGAUGCUCCACCACCAACACCACCACCACCGACAAACUACCAACCUGAACAGUACCGGCGACCAUCUUAUGACCAAGACGUAGGUAGGCCACAGUAUCAGAGACAGCCUUCUCAGCCAAGCUAUGGUGAGCCAAGAACAAACGACUACAACCAAUAUCAGAGUCAUCCGUCGCAACAAUAUGAACGCCAGGGUUCAAGGCCAUUCGAACACGAUUCGACCCCUCCUCAUUACCAAAGGCAACCUAGUAAUCCUCAGUACUAUGGCGAAAGAAAUGAGCCACCUGUGCAAAGGCAAACGUCGUAUGGUUCGCAACAACAGCAACCACCAACACAAAGCUAUGGCGCACCAUACACACCACCACAGUCUUAUGGAGGACAACAAACGCCACAACAACAAUACAGUAGGCAGUCAUCACGUGAUCAACAGCAACAAGGAUACAACAGACAAACCUCACGUGGUCAACACACAGAGCUGCCUUCAUAUAAUCCAACAUCACCGCCAGGAACCACAAUAAAUAGUUUUGAUGAUAUAUUAUCACCUUUCGAAAACUUUCAGAAUUCAAACUACUGUGACAAACUUUUUGCACGAGAUAAUCGUGGGGAUGGGGAUAGUGGAGUGAUAUCUGAUUUGAAUUCGGAUACACCUCGGUCUAAUAUGUCAUCUAACUACUCCAGUUACAGUCCACCACAACCAUAUUUGGGCGGGUACAACGACAGAGGGGAGGUACAACAACCACAGACACUUCUACGUCCUGCACCUCAAGCCCCGCCCCCUCCUCCCGUGACUCCUCCUCCUCCACCUCCACCACCACCUCCCAGUGACUGGGCGCCUACUCCUACCAGAAAAGUGCCGGCAUUGCAGGAGCAACCAGGAAGUGGGGGACAGAUGCCUGAUAAAGUUUUGAACACAAUGUUGAAGAACAAAGGAACACAGAAACCUUUCGCGUACGUUCCAACUGGAACAGAUCUGAAGGAAUUCAAGGAAAGAGCUAGGCAACGUCGGCAACCUCGUUCGGUGAUGCCGCGUGGUUACGUGGGACCUGCACUAGAUGACGAUUCUCCGGCAGAACCACAACAACCUCAAGCAUCCAAACAAAAGCCUGGUGCAAUGCCAAAUCCCGACAGCGGAGUAUACAAACAUGCACAAUACAACUCUCCACUGAGAAUGUAUUCAUCCGAUAAUGCCAAAGAACAAUUCAAUAUCCAGAGCGGAGGAAAUGUUGAUGUCACUGGUGUAAAUAACAGUAAUAACUAUCAGCAAAAAACACCGCCACAUUUUAUCAUGGUUCCACAGAAGACUGUCCGCACACCAGAGAGACGACCAUCUGACAUCAAGGAAUCCGAGGUUUAUAAAAUGUGUCAAGCAGCGGACGCUAAAGGUAAGGAUAGUAACGCGUCUGAUCUCACCGAUGGUGAGGCAGAUACAUCGCGUGAACCUCUUUCACGUGAAAUAGAAAGUGUCUCGCUUGACGAACGACGUGAAUCACAAGAGAGAGUAUUUUCGCCACCUCCGGGAGCACCAAGAGGUCAAGGAUUAUCAUUCCGCGUGUUGCAAUGGUUAACCGACACAGCCGAAGAUGAACAAACUGAAGGUCAAGAAAGCUACAAACCAAAGAAACCACGCGAUCCAUUGUUACGUCAUAAUUCCGAAGAUGACGAAAUGAGGUUUUCUGGUCUUCACACUAAAGCCGAUAUACCAUCUAAAGCAUUUCAAAGGCUAAAUAAAAUUGCUGGUCCAGACAAUCGAAAUUACGCACCAAACCAAGAAAACAGUCGGGGAGAAGGUGACAAUGAGGAACCGGAUAGGAUUGGAAAUUAUGAUGAAGCGUCUAUACGAUACAGAGGUAAUCAUAUUCCAUCACCAUCUUUCCGACUCCUUCAGACGCUUGCAAAGGAAGAUGACUUGAGAAAGACAUCGGGUUCCCCGUCAGGACGUACCACCACUGAUGAUGAAGAUGACGGAAUGCCUGAUAGCUUAAAUGAAGAAGACAUGAUUGAUAAAAGGUACAAAGGUGGAAGCAUUCCUUCCAAGUCAUUCAAGGCACUUCAGAUGUAUAUGGACGAUGACAAACAAGCCCAAAGCAGUGAAGGUGAAGGGGGUGGUCCAAAGAUCAAAGUGAUAAGCCGAGCAAAGUCACCAAAAGUUCCACCAAAGCCUGAUAGACCUGUGAACAGUCCGGUACCGCAGCCAAAAGAAGCACCAAGUAGCGAUUUUUAAAUUUUGUCACGAGAACUUACCAUGGUGAACUUAAAGAAAUAAACUUUGUUUUCACAGAUUCAGAUGGAGCUGUGAUUGUUCUCAUUAUAUUUGUUUUACGAGUUCGAUUUCGGGUUAGAGUUUUGGAAAUGAGUUUUCUUUGAGGAACAGAUAGAUAUAUUUCGUUGAUUUUUAAUUGAUACUUGUUUUCUAGACUAUUUCUGUAGGACCUUGGAAUUGUCUUUUUGUAAAAGCAGAUCCGAUUAUGAGAGUUACGUUAUAAGUAAUGUGUGUACCUGCUAAUAGUCGUUUGGUUGUUUUGUUGUAAAACGUGGGAUAUGCUUAUGUGUUAACUGUCAUUGAAGGAUUGUGACUUUUAGAUCUAGAAAACAAACACUGUCACUUGACUGACUAUAUUAGAUCGUAUCACUGCUUUGCUGUCCCAAAUAACCCAAUCUGUAAGUAUGUAAGAUUAUAUAUCCGUUGUGUUUUUAAUUUUGUAAAAUAUCUUCAUUUGGGUCAUGUCUGAAGUUAUAUAUUGACAUAUUUUCAAGCAUUUUUUCACACCAUGAUUUGUACAUACACGAUAUUCCUACCAUACUCGUACUACCAGUACUGCCAUGAAGCUUCGUCACAUUAUGAUGUUAUUAAGUGAUUAUUAACUGGGUGAUUUUGUAUUGGCUUUGUUAUUUGACUGGGGACUCGUAUUCAACAGUCCAAGGCCAAAUGAUAAAACCAAAAUAUGAACUCGACAAAUAAAUGACCAUUUUAUUAAUUAGCUGUAUAAUAUUUGUCAAAAACCACUAUGUUGUCACUUGUUAAAACAUUGUGUUGUGAGGUACAAAAGACAAUAGAGGUUAUUUUUCUUUUUUUGAUUACUGAAUGUAAACUUCACGUCAGACUAAUUUUAAUGUUAAACUUCUCUCUUCUGUGCCGUGAUCGCUGCCAACUCAGUCAGUGUCGAUUUUUAAUGUCUUUUGAUUAAAAAAAAAGAUGCUCUUAUACUACAUCAGUCGGCUAGGAUAAUAUGUCAGGUCAGCGACAGCCCUUCCUAAAUUCAAAUAUUAAAAUAAAAUUACUUAUCGUGAAUUGUUUGGCCAACGCAAAUGUAACUUUCGUCUUCCAUUAAAUCAACAUUUUGUGAUGAUCACAAGUUGCUUUAGGGUAUUUAUCAUUUAUUUAUAUGUAGUGCAAUAAAUGAUUUUCAUUUGUAUUUGUAAUCAAAUAAUAUCAGACAAGUUAAAAAGUGGUUUACGAACCAUAAAAAAAAAACAGAAUGAAGAGGGCAACAUUUUUUGUCAAGAACGGGUCCUAAUACUGCCUGAGUUGGCGAGUUAUCGCUUUCGUCAGAGUUGAUUUAUCAAUCAAAUCAAAGGAAUAUGAUAUUAGCCUAGAAAAUGCUGUUGCAAACUCUUGUCGAAUUUAUCCUUUCAUAAAUUUGGCAUAACUGCAAAUAUUAUGUAGUUAUAUAAUAAAGUUAGAUCCAAGUAUGUCUGGAAGAUGAACUUGCCAGAUGUUGGCAAGUAUUUAGGCUAGUAUUUAUGCACGUGUAUGGUCUAUAAGGAUUUUUGAAUGAGUAAGAAUCAGCAUAGUGAUGAGAAUGUUAAUGCAUAUUGGUAAGUCAAUAUUGUUUUUAAACCGAAUUGUCUCAAGCUGAUAUUUUAAACUUGCAUUUGCAUUUGAGACGAAAUUCUUUCAAUAUAAACGUCUGAGACUUGAUUUCUUAACAAAAGAUAUAAACAUCGAGCAGAAUAAAUAAAGAUCAACGAAUUCCAUGAUAUUUUAAAUUUCAGUUUGGAGCGUAACUCUAUACUUAAACAAAAUUUGGGAUCUUUACUACCUGGACCCUUUUAACUACUUUGUUUUUGUACAUAAGGAUGAUACAGUACUAGUGUUUAGGUCUUACUUCAGUGCGAGAAAAAUUAUGACGUUCGCUGGUUUGCUAAUAUGCAUGUUGUUUAAUGAAACCAGUACCUUUCAGAUUCAUAAUCUGUUUAUUUCUAAUGAUCUUUGUUGAUGUAUGAAAUUAAAAUUUCAAUAUAGAUAAGUGGUUGUAUGUUUUCGUUUAGUCUUGUAUGUACGUGUUCAUUUCUGUUUCGUUUCGAUAAUUUGUGAUUAAUUACUUUUUAUUGAAUGUAUCAAGUGCAAUAUUUAUAAUAGCAUAUAGAACAUGUAUAUAUAUUGAUAUUAUUGCUUACAUAUAUAUAUGUACAUCAGUGCUACAUUUGUAUAGGAUCUUAAAUAUUAUAUACAGUUUGAAUUAUUUACAUGAACUCAUUUAUUACUGCACAUUAAACAUUAUAUGAGUCGCACCAUGUGAAACCCAACAUAUUGCAUUUGCGACCAGCAUGGAUCCAGACCAGCCUGCGCAUCCGCACAGUCUGGUCAGGAUCCAUGCUGUUCGCUUUCAGAGAAAUCGUUAGCGAACAGCAUGGAUCCUGACCAGACUGCGCGGAUGCGCAGGCUUGUCUGGAUUCAUGCUGGUCGCAAAUGCACUAUGUUGGUUUUCUCAUGGUGCGGCUCAAUUAUUAUAAUUUGAACCAACGUAUAGGAAAAUGGUACCUUACACCAGUCACACAAGUAUUAAAGCUGGCCAAUUUCUGUAGACACAGUGGAAUCUGGCAAAUAAUGCGGUAAUCAAAUAAUGUCUAUAUUAAAUUAACGAAUAUAUAUAUAUUUCCAUUUGCAGUUCAUUUGUACAGUAUGUCAUUUACAUAUUACAAACUUACACAUUCGUUUACAAUGUACAAUAGAGAUACUUUUUGUUUAGUUUUACCGUAUAUAUGCUAUUACCGAGUAGGAUACUAGAGAUAAUGUAAUUCUUCUUAGAUAGAAAUACGUGAGGAUUUAAGAUUGAGAUAAUUACAUAUACAUAUGAGCCGUGCCAUGGGAAAACCAACAUAGUGGGUAUGCGACCAGCAUGGAUCCAGACCAGCCUGCGCAUUCGCGCAGUCUGGUCAGGAUCCAUGCUGUUCGCUAACAGUUUCUCCAGUUCCAAUAGGCUUUAAAAGCGAACAGCAUGGAGCCUGACCAGACUGCGCGGAUGCGCAGGCUGGUCUGGAUCCAUGCUGGUCGCAAAGCCACUAUGUUGGUUUUCCCAUGGCACGGCUCAUAUAUCAUUGUUAUACCAGAUUUUUAAUGAAAUAUACUUCCGUAAGUUACAAGUUUUCUUCGAAUUUAGAGACUAAAGGUCUAUAAACUGAAGGAACCGCUACUGUACAUGUCAGUUGAUACGAAAUUAAAGAAAAAUCAAUAAUUAUGUAAAAUAAAUCAUGCAGGUAUGAAUUUCUUACCCUACAUCUCCAUGUUAUGUUAUCAUUUUCUUUCACCUCUUCAUUGUCUAGUUUUAAAAACUCUCUUUGAACCUGAUUUUAUAUUCAUGUAAAAGUGAAUUGCUAUUUUCGUAUAGAAUGACUUAUGAUCAGAUAUUAAUCACUCCGCAAAAAGAGAGCGUUCACUUAGAAAUGUCACGUGUAUUUCGCAGUGGUAUAGCUUCAAUGUAUCCGUCUUGUUAAUGUUACUGUCAGAGUAUGAAAUUGAAACGUGUGCUUUCACUGUUUAUGUAGAUAGAAUAUAUUAAGACAAAACAUGUAUUUAUUUCUACCUUGUACAAUUAUGACAUUGGGAUGUUACACAAUGUCGCUCAGUUGAAGUGUUAUUAAAUCGUCUUUCUGUAA